AUGUCGCUCUAUGAGACGUCUGGUGGUAUUCUGGAGACCCAUGUGACGUGGAAAGAUGUGGAAUCGGAUCUUCAAGAGAAACUUGGAACGAAAGCCACGUUUGGAGAGAAUAAGACCGCGGUUAAUAUAGGUGAUAAGAAGGGAUUCAUGUCUCGAGUCGCUUUGGUGGAACCUGACUGGCAGAACGUGGAGGAGGGAAAGGAACUUCCGCAGAAGUUUGCGCUCAAGAUCCCAUCCCAACUCGCUCAAUUCAAUAUUAUGAGUUUUGAAGGUGGUGAAGGAUUUGAUGCAGAGAAGCUGGCGAGGUUUUCGAUUGUGACUAGAAUGAUUCAUAAUCGGGAAGUGGAGGUUUAUAAGAAACUGAAUAAGUUCAAUCAUCCGGAUAUUCCAUAUGCUAAGGCCUACUCAUUGAAACAGUUUGACAACAGCGACGAUCUGAAGGGAUACUUAAUUCUUGAAUUUAUUCCGAACAUCCACACUAUUGAAAUGUACCAAUCAAUCAACGCAGACGAUCUCCUCCCAUUGGUUCGUGGAAUUGCCACGUUCUCAGCUCUGGCUCAAUCACUGUCUCCAGAAGAGACAAAGUGGGCAAUAGAUCGAGAUUGGCUGGAAAUGAUGUUCAAUGAACUCUUCAAUGAAACUGAGCUUGCAAAAAAGUUUGAAACGAUUCGAAAACUUUUUGAAGAAGACCAUCCAGAAAAUGCUGAGAAGCUAAUCGAAGUCUUCCAACGUUAUAGAGAGCUUGUGCCAAGAUACACUAGGAUUUCUGAAAUCCUAGGGUUCAAAUUGGUUCUGAACCAUGGUGAUCUAUGGCAGUAUAAUAUGCUCUACAGUAAGAAUAAAAAUGGAAAUUUGGAGUUGAAGGCUUUGAUUGAUUGGCAAAUAGUUGCCAGAAUGCCACCAGGAUUGGAUCUUUCCAAACUGCUCUUGGGAUGUCUAUCGGUGAAAGACCGUCGGGAGAGAGGACAAGAACUUUUGAAAUGCUAUCAUGAGACUUUCACGAGAGUUCAUGGAAAGGAAUUGUUCUCGUUCCAUGAGCUCCAAGACUGCUACAAUCUGUUCGCUCCAUUGAUGGCUAUGAUGGUGGUCCCAGAAAUUUAUAUGUUUAUUGAUAGUGCAAAGAUUUCGGAGGAAGAGAAAGUGGCCGCUCGUAAAGAGGCUAGAACAAAGAUGGUGGCAAUAAUGGAGGAUGUGAUUGAGAUUCAUAAGUAUAAUUUGGAGAAUUAUUCAGAUUUUGUGAAAAUUUGA